AUGGAUUUGUCUACAAUCCCCUUCUUGGCCAAGGGCCAGGAGAGCACGGAUGAGGAGGAAAUGCCCUAUGAAGAAACGGCCACGCAGUCGCCUGCCUGUUUUACCAAACAGCGCCGGAAGCCAUGUAUAUACUUUACAGCCCUAAUGUUUAUCGUCGUUCUCGUACUGUUCGGAGUCAUAUCUAUCUUACGCCCCAACUCUGCCGCACCCGAUGUCUACAGACCAGAGACUCUCGGGGCCCUUAAUAUAUGCGAUUGCGGUUCCGCGGUCCACGAAGCACUCUCCAGAAACUGCGUAUAUGACACGCUCGCCACCGCAUGGCUGCCCCCGCACUGUCGAGACGAUGAGCUUACUGCGGAAUUCAAGCGUUCAGGUCCUGGAGCAGACGGUUCCUGGCCUUAUUUUGCCGACCCGGAGGGGAAGAUCCCUGUGAACAAGUCUCACAUUGCUGCACUUGGUGAAACGAAUGGGAUGUUUUGGGCAAUGAGAGAGUGGCAUGUUGCGCAUUGCCUCUUUUACUGGCAAAAGUACAUACGUAUGAGAGACACGGGAGUAGUGAUGGAGCGGAGGUUUGACCAAAUUGCGCAUGUGAAGCAUUGUGGACGUUUGGCGAUGCAUGAGCACAAUCAUUCAAUGUUAAUCGAGGUCAAUGUGGUGAUGAAUUCGGAUAUCGAUCAUGGCGAUGAGCCCGGUCCCUGA